CUCUCACUGGGUCAUCACUGCAGCCCACUGCUUUGUUGAGAACAAUAUGCUUGAAGUGGGCGACUGGCUGGUUGUGGUGGGCACAGUGAACAUUGCACACAACUCCCCCGGGAAACGCUACAGAGCCCUGCAGAUCCUCUACCACCCUCGCUUCAGCAUUCAGGACAAUGACUAUGAUGUGGGGCUGCUGCGCACCAUCACUGACAUGGACAUGACAGGUGGAGUGCGACCAGUGUGUUUACCCAGAGCAAACGAGUCCUUUCUUCCUGGAGCGGCCUGUUGGAUCACAGGCUGGGGAUUCACUAAUGAAGGAGGCUUUGUGUCAGAUGAGCUAAGACAGGCUCAGGUACAGGUGAUAUCUCAAUCCAUUUGCUCCAGCUUGCCUGUUUAUGGUGCCUUCAUAACGCCUCGGAUGAUCUGCGCUGGCAGCUUGUCUGGGGGAGUGGAUUCCUGCCAGGGAGACAGCGGUGGACCGCUGGUGUGUGAGACAUCUAAAGGGGAAUGGAGGCUGGCAGGGGUGGUGAGUUGGGGACAGGGUUGUGCACGUCCCAAUAAACCAGGUGUCUACAGCAGAGUAACUCAACUACUCCAGUGGGUUGAAGGACAUACAGAGGGUAAAGCAGUGGAGUUGGAGAAAACCACUAAAGUUGUGGCUGACACCUCGUUAACACCUGACCCCUUAAUGAGAUAACUGAAAAUAAAGAUUGACACGCUAUUUAUCUGCCUGUGUUGGUGCUUUUAUC